AUGAAUUCCGGGUCUAUUGGAAAGGACGACGUUGAGAUUGUCGACCAGCCUUCUCACAUCGAGAGUCUCCCCAAACCGUCCCAUGUUACCGAGAUCGAUACUUUCCGUGUUGUCGGCUUGACGCCUGAAGAUGCGGACUUCUAUAUCAACUAUCCACCGGAGAAGCGGAAGAAGGUCUUCCACAAGGUGGAUAUACGUUUGGUUCCAAUGUUGGCAGUCUUGUACUUGAUCAGUCACAUUGAUCGAGCCAAUAUUGGAAAUGCCAAGAUCGAAGGAAUGGUUGAAGAUCUGAAGAUGAGCGGGAUUCAGUAUAACACCGUUCUCUCUAUCUUCUUCAUUCCAUACGUUCUGCUUGAAGUUCCCAGCAACAUUCUCCUGAAGAAGUUCAAGCGCCCCUCGGUGUAUCUAGGUCUUCUCGUCCUGAGUUGGGGUAUUGUCAUGACCUGCACAGGUCUAGUCCAGAACUUCGCAGGCCUUAUGGUUACGAGAGUUCUACUUGGAAUUUUCGAGGCUGGCUUCUUCCCAGGUGCCAUCUACCUUUGCUCAUACUGGUACAUGCCAAAGGAACUUGCGCUUCGCAUCUCAUACUUCUACUGUGCAAGUGCCUUGUCUGGUGCCUUUUCCGGUCUUCUAGCCGCUGGAAUUGCCAAGAUGGACGGAACUGGCGGCCUUGAGGGCUGGCGGUGGAUCUUCAUCCUGGAAGGCCUUGCUAGUGUUGUGCUAGGAGUUGCCUGCUUUUUCCUGCUGAUCGACACACCUGCCUUAUCCAAGCGCUGGCUGACGGAGGAGGAAAUCCGUUAUCUGGAACUCUCAAUGUUCAUCAAGCAGGGUGGCACCAGCAGCAAUGAAAACGAAGGCUUCAAGUGGAGAGACUUGACGAUGGUUCUAACAAACUGGCGGGUCUAUGUACAAGCCUACUUCCUGCUCUGCCAGUCGGCCCUGUCAUACGGUACCAAGUUCACACUCCCAACAAUCACGAAGUCCAUGGGCUUCAGCUCCACAAAUGCCCAACUUACUUCCGCCCCUCCAUAUGUUGCGGCCGCGAUAUCAGCAAUCUGCUUUGCCCGAGUUUCCGACCACUUCUACUGGCGAAUGCCAUUUGUGGCAAUUCCCAUGCUGAUUGUCGUGACUGCCUACGCUAUCAUUUUCUCGCUGGAUGGUGCCCUCGAAGCAAAGAAAGGAGUGGCAUACUUCGCUGUCGUGCUAGCUGUUAUUGGUAUCUACCCCAUUCAAGCCGCAGCCGCUUCAUGGAACGCAAACAACAUUGCCCCCUCAUCACGACGUGCUAUCGGUAUCGCGCUGAUGAAUUGUGUCGGCAACGUCGGUGGUAUCCUUGGCAGUUUCAUGUAUCUGGAGAGGGAGAGCCCACGGUACGAGACCGGCUUUGGUCUUAGCAUGGCCUUGGGUGGGUUUGGAUUCUUCGUUGCUUUGUUCCUUGAGUGGAGCUACAAGACUGGCAAUGCAAAGAAGGACAAAGUGGCAGAUGAGGCGAGAGUUAAGUACACUGAGGACGAAUUGUUUGACUUGGGAGAUAGGUCUCCACUGUUCAAAUACGUUCUUUAA